UGUGCGCGCGCGCGUGUGCGUAUUUGUGCGUGUGUGUGUGUGUGUGUGUGUGUGUGAACACACAGUGCCGUGCUUUUGGAGACGGCUCUACAACCGUCAGUGAGCGGACAGGAUCUACUGUGGCCCGCGGAGCUGCCGUGUGAUGAGCUCUCACUUUUCCACUGUGCUGCAGACACUGGCGCUUCACUCUCUGCCCUACCGUCUGUGGGAACCCGCCAACACAGCUGGCAUCUAGUAUGUGUCGAAGGAUGGCACUGUCCUUUCUUCUCUUCUCCGCAGUGUUGCCCCGACUCAGCGUGUCUGCGUACAACACAUCAGCCGGUUGUGCUAUCAUCCGCCCUCCCCGAGAUGGAGGGAUAAGGUACAGAGGCCUGACACAAGAGCAGAUCCGCAGUGUGCAGGUGCUCCCAGUAGACUAUGAGAUAGAGUACAUCUGCAGGGGCAACAGGGUGAUCGUGGGACCCAAGGUCAGGAAGUGUUUGCCCAACGGCACUUGGACGGACCUGAGCCAGCACAGCAGAUGCUUGCUGUUGUGUCCGCGGGUAUGGACGUCAUUGGAAAAUGGCCGGGUGUCUUCUCGGCCCCUGGGGCCCCCAGUGGAGGGCACAGUGCUGCACUACAGUUGUCUGCCCGGCUUCAUCCUCAUGGGGCGAAACUCAACACAGUGCAAUAAGAUGGGCAAGUGGGACACGCCCAAACCUGUGUGUCACUACGAUCGGCACUACAAAGGCAAGAAGAAGCUCUACAUCGGAGCCCUCUUCCCCAUGAGUGGAGGCUGGCCCGGCGGACAAGCCUGCCUCCCCUCCGCUCAGAUGGCGCUGGACCUGGUGAACAAAAGGACCGACAUCCUGCCGGACUACGAACUGGAGCUGAUCCACUACGACAGUAUGUGUGAUCCAGGUGAGGCCACCAAGCUGCUGUACGACCUGCUGUACACAGAGCCCAUUAAGAUCGUGCUGAUGCCGGGCUGCAGCUCCGUGUCCACGCUGGUGGCCGAGGCUGCUCGUAUGUGGAACCUCAUCGUGCUGUCGUAUGGCUCCAGUUCUCCGGCUCUGUCCAACCGCCAGCGUUUCCCCACCUUCUUCCGCACCCACCCGUCUGCCACUCUGCACAACCCCACCCGGGUGCAGCUCUUCCAGAAGUGGAAAUGGACCAAGAUUGCCACCAUCCAGCAAACAACAGAAGUUUUUACAUCAACCCUGGAUGAUCUGGAGGAGAGGGUGAAAGAGGCGGGGAUUGAAAUCAGUGUCCGUCAGAGUUUCCUCACUGACCCUGCUGUGGCCGUCAAAAACCUCAAGCGCCAAGAUGCCCGAAUUAUUGUCGGCCUGUUCUACGAAACGGAGGCCAGGAAGGUCUUCUGUGAGGUCUACAAGGAGAAGCUGUACGGCAAAAAGUAUGUGUGGUUCCUCAUCGGCUGGUACGCAGACAACUGGUUUAAGAUCAAGGACCCGUCCAUCAACUGCACCGUGGAGCAGAUGACAGAGGCUGUCGAGGGUCAUGUGACCACUGAGAUCGUCAUGCUCAACCCAGAGACGGUGCGAGGAGCCUCCAACCUGACCUCUCAGGAGUUUCUCGCCCAGCUGAUGUCUAAACUCGGGGGCAAAAAUCCAGAGGAGACGGGCGGCUUCCAGGAGGCGCCGCUGGCCUAUGACGCUGUGUGGGCCCUGGCCCUGGCUCUCAACAAGACUGUGGGGCCCCUAAAGGCCAAGGGUCACCGGCUAGAAGACUUCAACUACAACAACCGAGAUAUCACCGCGGAGAUCUACCGAGCCAUGAACACCAGCUCCUUCGAAGGAGUCUCAGGUCACGUUGUAUUUGAUGCUCAAGGUUCUCGAAUGGCCUGGACUCUUAUUGAACAGCUUCAAGGAGGGAGCUAUAAGAAGAUUGGAUACUACGACAGCACUAAAGGCAAUCUGUCCUGGUAUGGGAAUGACAAGUGGAUAGGCUCAGGACCCCCUGCAGACCAGACGGUGGUUAUCGAGGAGUUUCGAUACCUCUCCCAGAAGCUCUUUGUGACUGUGUCUGUCUUCGCCGGGUUGGGAAUCCUGCUGGGAAUCAUCUGCCUCACCUUCAACAUCUACAACAGCAACGUCAGGUACAUCCAGAACUCUCAGCCAUACCUGAACAACAUGACCGCGGUGGGCUGCAUGAUGGCUCUGGCUGCUGUCUUCCCUCUGGGCAUCGACGGCCUUCAUGUCCACAGGAGGCAGUUCCCUGUGGUCUGCCAGUUUCGCCUGUGGCUGCUGGGUCUGGGAUUCAGCCUCGCGUACGGCAGCAUGUUCACCAAGAUCUGGUGGGUCCACACCGUCUUCACCAAGAAGGAUGAGAAGAAGGAUAAGAGGAAGCAGCACCUGGAACCGUGGAAACUUUACGCUACCGUUGGCGUUCUGCUCGGCAUCGACGUCCUGUCACUCAUGAUCUGGCAGAUCGUGGAUCCUCUGCACAUCACAGUGGAGAAAUUCACCAGAGAAGCCCCCAAAGGAGACCUGGAUGUUUUGAUUCAGCCUUUACUGGAGCACUGCAGCUCAGAGAAGAUGAACACCUGGCUGGGCGUGGUGUACGGUUACAAAGGCUUACUGCUGCUGCUCGGCAUCUUCCUGGCCUACGAGACAAAGUCCAUCUCCACAGAGAAGAUCAACGACCACCGGGCUGUGGGCAUGGCCAUCUAUAAUGUUGCUGUGCUGUGUAUGAUCACGGCGCCGGUCACCAUGAUCCUGUCCUCCCAGCAGGACGCCUCUUUCGCCUUCGCCUCCCUGGCCAUCGUCUUCUCGGUCUACAUCACGCUGGUGGUUCUGUUCGUCCCCAAGAUGCGGCGUCUGAUCACGCGUGGGGAGUGGCAGUCGGACGCCCAGGAGACCAUGAAGACCGGCUCCUCCACCAACAACAAUGACGAGGAAAAGUCCAGACAGCUGGAGAGAGAGAACAAGGAGCUGCAGAAGAUCAUCCAGGAGAAAGAAGAGCGUGUGUCGGAGCUGAGGAACCAGCUAUCUGAGCGACAGGCCCUGCGAUCGAGGAGAAGAGCCUCCACUGUCACCAAUCAGAACCACAGCCCCCCGCCUCUCAGCAUCCCCCACAGCGACCCCAGGUCCCUUGCCCCUCCUCCAGGAUACCCCGCCCCCACCUCUGACCCCCACCCUGUCCCUCCGUCCUUUGCCAACUCAUCCAGCCUCUACCAGCCGGACAGCAAGAUUAGCAGAAAUAACUGCCACACCAGCCGGUUACAGCUGCUCUACAAGUGAGGUGGUGGUGAACAGCAAGUGAGGUGGGGGCAGUAGUGACGAUAAUUGCUACAUGGAGAUGGAGAAAAUGAAGUUCAAAACCCUGUUUGAGAAUAAAUCAGAGUCUGACUCCAAAACUCAUACCACUAAUCAGCAGAGGCUGGAGGAUGACCAGUGAGGCUUGACAUCUCCACCUCUGUCCCUCCUUCAGAUCUGAUCAACCUUAUUUUUCUGCUGUAGAUACAUUACAUUGUUUAUUAUAAAAUGUUGCCUCUGUCAUCUGCCAGUGGUUCAUCAUGUGCCAUUCAGAGUUUGAGAAGAAAAAUGGCUCAGAAUCAACCCUUCAGUCAGUCAGCUGCAGCUACAACCUGUCAGGUGUUUCCAUUGUAACACUGCACAUAGAGUAAUGGUGGCAGAUUCACCAUCAGUCAAUGGUGAGACAAAAGCAGCUUCUCAUUUUUGGCAGCUGACUUUAUUUAACGAUUUAUUUUCUAAUCAAGUUAGCAUUAACGUUACAUCCAUGAGCUUGUUGAAGAUGAGAACAUCAUAUGCACAUGAUGGAUACAUACAUGUCACUGUGCUAAAACACUGCGGCUAAAAAAGUCUGUAUCUCCACCAACUGACGAUCCAUGUAAGAAGACAUGGAAAUAAGGGAGCAGGUUAGCUAGUAAGCCCAAGGAUUAUUGUGCAGUAUUAUACAGAAAAUAUGAAAUCAAACAGUUAUUUUUUUCUAACAUAGAUAUAAUUUAUAGGUCACUAUAACCACUAUGUUUUACUGCUACAGGGGAAAAGGCCUUGAGGGUGAAAACUAACCAGGGAGUUUGGUGUCUCCUGCUAUCUCGGAUAAACCUGCACUAAAAGCUGCUAACAUUAGCCUAAACUUUGAUAUAGCUGCAUCCAGGACCGGCCGCCACACUGUAUAUUGCAGUCCUGAAUGCAACCCCUCAAAUUAACAAAUGACUCUCACUGUACGUUCAGACCGAAAAGCAGCGAGAACAUCAAAGUGACAGGAAGUCAGUCAUUUUCUAUGUCUAUGUCUCUUGGCAUGGAGCAGCAGCAUGCCCCUUAGCGGCGCGCCCUGUGCAGUGUGCAUGUCAUGGCGAGGCGAGGUCCAGACAACUUUAUGGUAAUGAGCUAUGACACGGUUCGGCAGCAACCAAUCAGAGUAAGAGCAUUCCCUAGUGCUCCACUCUAGAGAACACAACUGUUUAAUUGUUUCCCAUCAAGUAUUUGUUCACGAGCGCAACAGAGGAGAAGUUGAUAAUUGCGGUGGUGGGUUUCCCUCCUUUACGACGUGUCCCUGUUUGCUCACAGGGACUUAAAUAAAAAAUAAUAGCACAUGGACAAAUGUGUUUGACACUGUAGGUGUUCCAGGUGAGCUGAUGAAGUGUAGCCUAUAAUGUAUUUUGAGAUAAUAGGAAGGGAAUUUCAUGCUAACUAGCGCCCUAGCAUGCAGAACAUGUUGACAACUUGAUGCGGUAACGUUAAUGUCGAUAAUUUAAACGAUUUCAUGUGGCUUACAUAUACACUACUUGUAGUCAGCUGGCACAAAGAUACGGGUUGACAUGUCAGUUUCAUUUGCCCUUUAGAUUAAGUUUGUAAGACCAAGCAGUCUGAAUAAACUUGCUAGUUGCAUCUACGUCAGAGUGCCCACUAACUUCAACAGCGUCCUUGUCUGGGCAGUCAAAAUGAAUUUUUGCAUCUCGCCGAAAGUUACUGUUAGCAAAUACACUUAACCUUGGAUGUAACGCUACAUUACUAGUAAGCUAGUUAGCCAAACAUGCUUACCUUUGCUGCGUUUAUUAAGAGCGAUAUUUUCCAUACAAAGUAUUAAGAAGGGAGUGUUUUUUUAUACAUGGUGUUUGUAUAGAUUUAGCCUGCAUCUUUUAGCAUGAUAUCAUGUAUGUAGCCUUCAAGCGCAGAUUCAAGAUGCCUCAUUGUCAAACAAAUCAGUUAGAAACACUUUAAAGUCAUUAUCAGUGAGUCAUCUCAUCAUGAGAUCAUAUCAUGAAUCAGAAAACCCUGAUGAAAUCUUUUAGCCACAUUUGUCAUUUUUAGCCGCCAAAAUAAACUAGAAAUGAGAAACUGCUUUUCUGAUCUGAUAUUGUGACACAGCAUUUAUCAUAUCUGUACCUUACGAUAUUGUUUUAAUAGGCUGGACGAACACACGGACUUCAUGACAAGUGGUGAAAGUUGAUGACUGACUUAUUGGUUGUAUCCAUGACAUGAUGAGCUUUGUCACUGUAGCUCUUCUUGUGAAGUGUUUGAUGGUGGUUUUUAUAUCGAUACCAGUCUCCGUUCAGGGAGACUGACGCAUUGUACAUAAUUCUGUGUUCAUGAGAAACCCCCUCACUGUGGAUGAACCCAGGCCUUUGGAUUCAGGGCUGAAGAGAAAGAUAAGCUGCUGUCAUUGACUGUGAAUUACAUUUAACUAAAAGCAUUCAUUGAAACACCUUCAUGUGUUUAAUGUUUUGUCUGGGUGUUUCAUUUUCUUCUGGAGAAGACGGAUAAACACCAGAAAAUUCAAUGCAGUAGUCCAGCUGCUUGGAAUCUGUUGGUUUGUAAUAUUUAACCUCGAUUGCUGUAUGAGAAAGAUAUUAAACUGGUGCAUUGAAGUACAGAGCAGCUGAUACAUGAGGUUUGUAUUCAAUUUACUGUACUGUAGUUCAUAUUUGUAUGUGACGUUUUGACAUUUGAAUCAAAAAACCUUGUUUUUUCUUGGUAUGGUUUUUUGAAGACAGACUGUAUUGAACAUCAGAUUUACAUCACAACUACACUUUACUUCCUGUGACAGUAUUUUUAGGGACUGAACCAAAACAAAGCAGCACCAAUUUAACUUACUGUUUCCGAAUCAUCACACGUCACGCACUUAAUUUAACAAGAAAUAAUUUAAGCACAUCCAGUCAUUAAAGUGAGUCAAGAGGACCAGAGUCAGCCAGUGAAAACAAGGAACAGGACCAUGUUUAGAUUCAUUUAGGGACUCCACAGCUCAAGAUUGUCAAUAAAAUAUCUUAAAUUUUAAAUAAAAAACAAGACCAGAUCUAAACCUAGUAAUUUUCUGGACCACUUCAAUAAUCACUCAGAGAAAAAGUUAGAAAAGACACAAUACCUUCAUUGUUUUUUUUUUAAGUUCUUUUUUAAAACUCCUCUUCCCUGCAGUUCCCGAGCAGCCGGAAGGCAGAGAGGCUUGGUGGACUGCGGCUUGUCACUCCACUGACCAGUAGUGGAAACAUCAUCACUCAGUCAGUCAGUCAGUGACAUUCCAGAUUAUACGGCUGGUCUGGCUGUUGCAGUCAUGCUAAAAACUACCAGCCUGUUGUAAAGCUGCACAGCAAUCUGUGUCUGUGCGACUCUUUGCCACAAGUGUUAGGUGUGUUUGCAUUUUCUUGCCUUUAUUCUGAAAGCACAGAGAGAGACAGGAAAGUCAGGGUGAGAGAGAGAGGGGAAGAGAUGCAGCAAAGGGCCAUGGGUCAGACUCAAACCCUGGCCGCCGGCGGUUAGGACUAGGCAUGUGGUCCGCUCUUUACCAGGUUAGCCACCAGAUGUGUUAGUUUAAUCCCAGGAUUAGUUGAUAAUUUCAUACGUCAUCAUACUGCCUCCUUUUACAAGUUCAGUUUGCUUCAACACCUCACUCAUUUCCUCCACAGCCAGAAACAAACAUGUUCUGAGCUGACAUGAGGUUUCAUGCAGUGUUUCACUUCUCAUGUGAAAACACAGCAGCUUUUUGUGGGGAUUCUGUGACAAAAAGGAAGAAUUACUGAUACAGUUUCAGCGAGAGGGUUUUCAUGGCAGAAAGUGAAACUACAACAUGUGCUCAACUUCUCUGUAUCUGAUAAUAGAGUUAACACGCUUUUUGCUUUCUGAGCUUCAUGUUGUGAAUCAGACUUUUGAUGCGUUUAAUACUGCUCAGAUGGAACUACUGUUGUUCCAAUUAGGGCUUUGGUUGAAUGUCCUAUCUCCUUUCCUAACCACUUUUCCUUUGACCUCAAUGGAAAACGUCACGAGGUAAAGGAAAUAUGUAAAGGACAGUUCAUAAGGACUUGUACCAUAAAUGUUGCUGCAAGGAAUUGUGGAGCAGAAUUAUCUCCUUUCCUUUUGUAAAGGAUCGUCCACUUUUUCCUAUGCUAAAAGAGAAUUUCUUUCCUCAGCAUUUAAAGAACUGUAAUAGUUUAAGUUAAAUACUUUAACUCCACUUUAAGCUCUUGCUCAAACAAAAAAAAAAUAAAGACAGAAAAAUAGAAUAAAGCCUUCUUCACUCGGGCUGUAUAAAUGCAGUAUUUCAGCUCUGAAUUUAAGCUUUGGUGCUCAGAAGGAUGUUGGAUGCACAUAAGCAGCAGUAAAUGGAGCAACCAUACCGCGCCGGUCUAGUUUCACUUGAUUGAACUACAAAACCAGCAUUUAAAGUUAUAAUUUUUGACAGUAGAGUCAGUAGUUAUGUUUUAUUGACAGUGGCAGUUCUGGUUUAAGAUUGACAGGAAAUAAUGCACGUAUGUAAUUGAGCUCAGUUUUAUUUGGUAACCUCAGUGUUAACUCUCCUGCAGCCACAUCAUGAAGCUUCUGCUCAUUCUAACAUUAUGUUUCCUUCUGCUGCUUCUUCACAUUAAAAGCACGCAGGUUGGAUUUAUUGUGAAACACGGAGAUUUUCUUUGGCUGCAGUGUACAGAGAUGCACCGGCUGCUCUUCUCUUAUACUACCAAAGUAGCUUCUCAACGAGUGUUUGCUAUAGUAUUAAACCACACUUAUUGUGCCCAUGGCGGCUAUGGGUGUCACCAUAGCAACCAGGAUUGAAAUCAGUAGGUCCUUCAACCCAACAAAUUAGUUUUUAAGCAUCACAAAAGGAUUCACACAAAAGGAUCAGUGUUUUGUGGUCUGCCUGCUCUGUGUAAGGUUUGUUAGGAUUCAGGCUCACAACAGUUUAGUUUGGUUUGGUAACGGUGGUUAUGGUUAAAGGAAACGAAUGAAUGACUGUCAGUAGGAAACAGGAAGUUAGCUGCCGUCACUUUAACAGCCUCACCCUGCCUCAUCUUUGCUCCUGACACUUCCUCCACUUCCCUGUUAACACAGUUUAUGAUUAAUGCUGAAGCUUUUGUGAGGAUAGUUGUAGAUACGGGAGUUAAGUAAGAAAGCAUGUUUUUGUGAUUUGGGUGGAGAGACCCCUUAAGAGAUUUUUCUAUUCAUGAUGUCACUGUUCUACAUGACCAAGUUGAAAUGUCAGAUGUAGCUCUGUACAGGACAGUCUGAGGCUGGGGAUGAAUUUACAUGCUCAGUAAUGUGAGAUGCUGUUGGCAGCACAGGAUUAACUGUGUAACUGUGUAAAUUAACACAGUACCCGCUUCUCCCUCUGUUUUCAUUGAGCUUUUCAUCUCAGUGUCAUGUUUCUUAAUGAGACAUGCUCAUAGGUCCUGUUUCCACUGUCCUAAACUCUCAUGACACAUAUAUUGUGUGCUGAGGUAUAGAAUCGGUCUUGACUCCCGGUUUAGUCUCAUGUUCUCUCUGUGUGGUAGCAGUGUGUGGCUAAUUUGCUAAUUUGAUCUACAAUGUGAGGCACAGAUGUAUAAACUGUGAAAACAACGUGACCAUUUGUAAAUAUCUGCUGUAGGUUUGUCUGUAAUGAUGUAUUUAAACCAUUGAUCUGAGCAGUGAAGAUGUCAGUGAUGCUGAUAGUGCGCACACAGACUGUAAAUAAUGAUGAUAUAAAUAAUGAUGACAUUCAGCUUUACAUAUACAAGCUGUAUUUUAAUGUGGUACAGUCAUCAAAGUAUAUUUCUACAUGCUGUAAUAUCUGAUGUCAAAGAUGAUUUGAAAUGCAAGAAUGAAAAUAAAACUAGUUGUUUUUCUCAAAA